CUGUCCCGUGGGCGUGUCUUCCACCUGUGUUGUGCUGUGGCAGUCGAGUGACAAGCAAAGGGGAGGAGAAAAUGGUUUUAAAAGGCUCAACUGAAUUGAGGACUUGAAACUGUUGGGAUGGCUGGACUCAAGGCGCUAUGGGUGGCGGUGCUACUGCUGGUGGUGCAUGAGGUGUCCUCACAGCUAAAUGUGUGUGGUCGGGCUCCUCUCAACACCAAGAUCGUUGGAGGAGUGGAUGCUGCUCCGGGCACCUGGCCCUGGCAGGCCAGUUUGCAGACGUCUGGUCACUUCUGUGGGGGGUCUCUGAUCAACAAUUUGUGGGUGCUGACUGCUGCCCACUGCUUCACCACAACUGACACAACAGGUUUCACGGUCUUCCUGGGCCGUCAGGACCAGGCGGGCAGCAACCCCAACGAGCAGUCCCGGACCAUCUCCAGGAUUGUCUGUCACCCCGAUUACAGUGGGUCCACCAACGACAACGACAUCUGCCUGCUGGAGCUCUCCUCGGCUGUCGACUUCACAGACUACAUCACGCCCGUCUGCCUGGCCGCGGACGGAAGCACUUUCAACAGCGGCAUCAUCAACUGGGUCACUGGCUGGGGCACCACCUCGUCUGGAGGUUCAGCCGCGGACAUCCUCCAGGAAGUGGACCUGCCCAUAGUGGGCAACAGGGAGUGUAACUGUAGCUAUGUGGGCGAUAUCACCAACAACAUGAUCUGCGCUGGAUUGUCGGCCGGAGGGAAGGACUCGUGUCAGGGUGACUCUGGGGGUCCUCUUGUAGGCAAACAGGGUGUGCAGUGGGUCCAGUCGGGAGUGGUGAGCUUUGGUCUAGGAUGUGCCUUGCCCAACUUCCCUGGAGUAUACGCCAGAGUGUCAAAAUAUCAGGCAUGGAUCAACGGUACCAUCACCACCAACCAGCCCGGCUUUGUUGACUUCCGCUCCGCGGGAACCGACAGCGACGCGACCUUCAACUGUGGCGACCCUCCGUCCGGCCCAGUCACCGCCUCACCGACCGCCCCUGCACGUAAGUGGCCUUUUGUCUCCAUCUCGUUGACGUGCGGCAGCGCCCCCAUGAACACCCGGGACAGCAGGGGGCUGGUGCAGUCUGCCGGCGUGUGGCCCUGGAUCGCUAGCCUGCAGGUCAACGGCACGCACAUGUGCGGCGGCACCCUGGUGACUGCGGAUGCCGUCCUGAGCGACGCAUCGUGCUUCACCAUGUACCCCAAUGCCUCCUACUGGACGGUUGAGUUGGGCCGCCGGAAUCUGAACGGCCCCAACUCCUUCAACAUGACCCUGGGGGUGAAAUCCAUCACCCUCAGCAAUCUCACCGGGGACAACAUCGCCGUGCUCAUGCUGUCCAGUCCACCGAGGCUCUCGGACUACAUCCAGCCCAUCUGUCUGGACCAGGGGAUGGGCAGCUUCCUGAACAACACUUACUGUUGGAUGGCAGGCUGGGGCAUGGGCCAGGGAGGCGCCCAAGAAACCCUGCAGGAGUUCAACACCACGGUGGUGGGUUGUAGCAACACGUCAUCCAGUGACUACAUCUGCACCGAAGCGCUGACUUUGAGACAGGGUGACGCCGGAGGCCCCCUAAUGUGCAAGAGCGGCAACUCUUGGACCCAAGUGGCCGGGCUUCCCAACGUCAUGGGCAACAGCAGCAUGUUUUCAGUGUGUGGUCGGGCUCCUCUCAACUCCAAGAUCGUUGGAGGAGUGGAUGCUGCUCCGGGCACCUGGCCCUGGCAGGCCAGUUUGCAGACGUCUGGUCACUUCUGUGGGGGGUCUCUGAUCAACAAUUUGUGGGUGCUGACUGCUGCCCACUGCUUCACCACAACUGACACAACAGGUUUCACGGUCUUCCUGGGCCGUCAGGACCAGGCGGGCAGCAACCCCAACGAGCAGUCCAGGACCAUCUCCAGGAUUGUCUGUCACCCCGAUUACAGUUGGUCCACCAACGACAACGACAUCUGCCUGCUGGAGCUCUCCUCGGCUGUCGACUUCACAGACUACAUCGCGCCCGUCUGCCUGGCCGCGGACGGAAGCACUUUCAACAGCGGCAUCAUCAACUGGGUCACUGGCUGGGGCACCACCUCGUUUGGAGGUUCAGCCGCGGACAUCCUCCAGGAAGUGGACCUGCCCAUAGUGGGCAACAGGGAGUGUAACUGUAGCUAUGUGGGCGAUAUCACCAACAACAUGAUCUGCGCUGGAUUGUCGGCCGGAGGGAAGGACUCGUGUCAGGGUGACUCUGGGGGUCCUCUUGUAGGCAAACAGGGUGUGCAGUGGGUCCAGUCGGGAGUGGUGAGCUUUGGUCUAGGAUGUGCCUUGCCCAACUUCCCUGGAGUAUACGCCAGAGUGUCAAAAUAUCAGGCAUGGAUCAACGGUACCAUCACCACCAACCAGCCCGGCUUUGUUGACUUCUGCUCCGCGGGAACCGACAGCGACGCGACCUUCAACUGUGGCGACCCUCCGUCCGGCCCAGUCACCGCCUCACCGACCGCCCCUGCACGGUCCCUGGUUCCAGCGUUGACGUGCGGCAGCGCCCCCAUGAACACCCGGGACAGCAGGGGGCUGGUGCAGUCUGCCGGCGUGUGGCCCUGGAUCGCUAGCCUGCAGGUCAACGGCACGCACAUGUGCGGCGGCACCCUGGUGACUGCGGAUGCCGUCCUGAGCGACGCAUCGUGCUUCACCAUGUACCCCAAUGCCUCCUACUGGACGGUUGAGUUGGGCCGCCGGAAUCUGAACGGCCCCAACUCCUUCAACAUGACCCUGGGGGUGAAAUCCAUCACCCUCAGCAAUCUCACCGGGGACAACAUCGCCGUGCUCAUGCUGUCCAGUCCACCGAGGCUCUCGGACUACAUCCAGCCCAUCUGUCUGGACCAGGGGAUGGGCAGCUUCCUGAACAACACUUACUGUUGGAUGGCAGGCUGGGGCAUGGGCCAGGGAGGCGCCCAAGAAACCCUGCAGGAGUUCAACACCACGGUGGUGGGUUGUAGCAACACGUCAUCCAGUGACUACAUCUGCACCGAAGCGCUGACUUUGAGACAGGGUGACGCCGGAGGCCCCCUAAUGUGCAAGAGCGGCAACUCUUGGACCCAAGUGGCCGGGCUUCCCAACGUCAUGGGCAACAGCAGCAUGGUGCGCUCAGAGAGAGCCGCCGACCAGUCCAUGUUCACCUCCACAACGCGAUUUGCUGGCUUCCUGAGGGAAACUCUGGGGAGUCUGCCGUCCCCCGCCAACGCCACCACAACCACCGCCCCCACCACCACAACCGCCCCCACCACCAGUCACGCCCCCACCACCACCACUUUUUCAGUGUGUGGUCGGGCUCCUCUCAACUCCAAGAUCGUUGGAGGAGUGGAUGCUGCUCCGGGCACCUGGCCCUGGCAGGCCAGUUUGCAGACGUCUGGUCACUUCUGUGGGGGGUCUCUGAUCAACAAUUUGUGGGUGCUGACUGCUGCCCACUGCUUCACCACAACUGACACAACAGGUUUCACGGUCUUCCUGGGCCGUCAGGACCAGGCGGGCAGCAACCCCAACGAGCAGUCCAGGACCAUCUCCAGGAUUGUCUGUCACCCCGAUUACAGUUGGUCCACCAACGACAACGACAUCUGCCUGCUGGAGCUCUCCUCGGCUGUCGACUUCACAGACAACAUCGCGCCCGUCUGCCUGGCCGCGGACGGAAGCACUUUCAACAGCGGCAUCAUCAACUGGGUCACUGGCUGGGGCACCACCUCGUUUGGAGGUUCAGCCGCGGACAUCCUCCAGGAAGUGGACCUGCCCAUAGUGGGCAACAGGGAGUGUAACUGUAGCUAUGUGGGCGAUAUCACCAACAACAUGAUCUGCGCUGGAUUGUCGGCCGGAGGGAAGGACUCGUGUCAGGGUGACUCUGGGGGUCCUCUUGUAGGCAAACAGGGUGUGCAGUGGGUCCAGUCGGGAGUGGUGAGCUUUGGUCUAGGAUGUGCCUUGCCCAACUUCCCUGGAGUAUACGCCAGAGUGUCAAAAUAUCAGGCAUGGAUCAACGGUACCAUCACCACCAACCAGCCCGGCUUUGUUGACUUCCGCUCCGCGGGAACCGACAGCGACGCGACCUUCAACUGUGGCGACCCUCCGUCCGGCCCAGUCACCGCCUCACCGACCGCCCCUGCACGUAAGUGGCCUUUUGUCUCCAUCUGUGGACAAUGAGGGUGUUGGAUACUC